GAUUAUUUCUUGACCCAGAGGAAAAUCAACCCGAGACAUAUCAUACCUACAAUAGGUAUGAACAUAAUCUCAAUCUUUACUCAAGAACUCAGUGAUUUCGAAUUUCAUUCUUCAAAAAAACGUCCACCGUCCACCGUCCUCCCAUCCAUCCAAUCUUUUUGUACGUACAGUACCCAGCGAUCGCGCAUCAUUCCUGUCACAGAAAACAGCAAAAUCGACGAACGAAAGUAAUCGACUCCUCUAUCAUCCCUGGCGAUAUCAUAGUUUUUCAAAGCAACAAGAACCGAACGUGCAACAAUGAUAUUGCGGUAGAGCACAAACAACGCGCAGUGUCGAGAAUUCGUUCCUUCUUCUGAAUAAACUAUGGCAUGGGAUUGCCGGAACUAACCGAUCCCCGGCAGCGAAACGGAAUCCACACAUAGCGACAUGCAACGGGGACUAGAUAAAGACAUGACGGGUGACUGGGAAUAUUUUUCGCAGGAGUUGUUUACGGCUAGAUAACGACCGGACCUGUCCUCCGAACCGGUUCGGUCCGAUACUAAGGUGCGUGGCGUCAGCGAACUUAUUGGGCUCUUGCCUUAUUCUGUCUUGCCGUGCCGUGCCUUGUUGUGUUGUGUUUUGUUGUGUUGCGUUGGUUUGUUUUCGCCUUUGUCUUUGUCUUUGUCUUUGUUGUUUGUUCUUUAUGCACCCUGUAUCUCCGGGCUCCGCUGUUACUCCUCCGUGCGGCAUUCGGUCAUAAAGGUAGCUGCUAUAAAAAUGUAUUUCUUAGAAGAUCUUUAUAGUUGGACGAGCGUGUCUUUCUUCCCGUGGCAGCUUGUCCUGGUAGGUCUCUCACAAUCUUGCUUGCUUGCUUGUGGAUGGUUUGCCGAAUCGUAGGAAUGGGACACAACCAUGGGACGAAACCAUGGGAAACAACGCAACAGCACCGAUCGAUGCACCGGAUCGAGGCCGUGCCAUUCGAAUGGCCGGAAAGGAAGGGACCGACGGCGAACCUACCGAUCCGCAUCCGCCGGUCAAGCCGAGCAGACGGUUUUGGAAGACGGAUUCCUCCUGCGAUGCAUUCCCUUUGCCUGGCUGCGCAACAGGAUCGUCUGCGCACCGAUGCUGGAGGAAAGCGCUGUGCCGAUUGCAAUUGGAACCAUCGAUCGAACCAUCGAUCCCCGUUUUCUUUCUUGAUUGAACGCACGGGGUCUUUUUCCCUUUGGUCAGCGGUCUGUUCCGUGCGGGGGAGUGGCGCACGGCACGUGCGUUGGGAUUGUUUCUCCAUUUCGUCAUACCCAUUGAAUAAAACUAGAUACUCUUUUUAGGAAAAGACGAAGCUUUUCAUGCUUUUGUAAGAUGUAGCGUGCUUCCGCAGAGCGAAUUCAAUCGUUGUGAGCAAAUCCCCUGGUUUCAAAUACGUGUUGUGAAUGCUACUAUUGAAACGAAGGAAGGUUGGAUUGAAUAGUUUGAAUUUAGUUUUAUUUUAUUUUCAUUUUAUUAUUUCCAUAACGAUAUUUUGUGCUUGGAUCUCUUCCUCGCCCCCCAUUUCCAAAAACUAUCGUUUCGAUGUCGUCGGAGGAAACACGAUCGCCAUGGGCUCCGAUGUUUUGCAGCAAUUUCUCGAUUUGUUCGACGGCAACAGUCCUUUGAAAGCCAAUUGGCAGUGUCGAUGUUUCCGAUGGCUGUUGCCGUGCUGGCAUUUGACCCAUGGCGUUGGAUAUUUCUUUUUUGAACCGUGGGGGUAUCGUUUGGGCGUAAUUGUUCUUGCGGUACUCUUCGAAUACUUCCCGGAAUCGAUUCACCGAUUGCUGUCCGUGUGUCGAAAGAUACCUGCAAUCGGGACGAUACGAUGAAGUAUCCAUCAUAGAAUCAUUAUUAAUAUUAUUGUUGUUAUUUGAGAUGUUCUCCUUCAGACCCCGGAAACAAGCUCCGCCAACUUUGCGGCGGAGGGGUGUUGAUUUCAUUGAAGUCAUAAAAAUUGUUGACAUAGUAUUGGAUUGUUGUUUGUUCUAUUGCUGGGUUGAUUUCGAAAUUGUUUGCUUUUGGGAAAACGUGAAAUUUAUUUUGUGAGAGUGAACACUAGGAGAGUUUAGAAUGUGAGACAGAAGCCGGAGAAGAAAACGAGUCGUGCACACCAUGAAUUAUUCCAGAAAAAAUGCUUUUACUAUGCUUAUGCAUCAAUAUGCAUCAAGUCAUGGCGUUUUCUCAAUCGUGCAUACUGUUAUGUUUUACAGCGGUAGGUACGGUACAGGAGGAGUCAAAAUGCAAAAUGUAGUACUACGUAUGGUUGGACAGACCUCGCAUUCGUCGCUCACCCAUCAUCAAGAAUCAAGCAUCACUGCACAU